AUGAUCAUCCCCUCAUCUUGUUUUCAUGAGGUAAACAAGAGAUUUAUCUCUAAAGCGUUGAUACUUCCAUUAUCAAUGCUAGUGUUGCUAUCAAGCACAACAUUCUCAUUUCCGGAGAAAACUUGGUUACAUAUUGAGCCUCCAAAAGGACAUAAUUUAGUCAAGUCAGCUACUUUUGUAUCUGAAAAGUUUGAAAUGGGACCAGGAACAAUUGCGUCGAAACCUUUUUAUGAUAUUGAGUUUCCAAAAGGUCAUGUUGGAAUCAAGAGUGUCGAUGCUGAACUAAUUGAUGAAGAAGGGAAUUUUGUGCCUUUGUUUGAUACUUACCUUCACCAUUUUUUUAUCAGAAGAUACAUUGAAAAUAUUACCUUUUCACAGAAUCCUAAGGCUCGUCAGAGUGCAUUGGAAGGUAUCAUUUUCAAGAGAAAUGAAGGCCCAUGCUAUGAUCAUGUUCUUCCAUUUCUUUGGGGCAUGGGAGGUGAAUCACGAAGAACAUCCUCGAACAUUCCAGAUCCUUUUGCGAAAGAAAUAGGCAACCCUGCAGAAAUUCCUGAUGGAUAUGAAGAGAAAUGA